ACGCGCGUCGUGACGUCACCCGCGGGUUUUAAGGGCGAGUCCCGGGGACCGCGGGGCAGUGCGGGCGCGCUGGAGCCGGGCGGGGAGGUCGGCGCGACUGCUCGGGUGGCUGGCCCGGAGGGUCGCCGCGGGAGAGCCGUGGACGGAGAUAACCCAGCUGUGGUCUCCGGAGUCUGCGAUUGCAAGGCCACCUUUGCGCCUCUACUGUGAGCCCCAACACCCACACCUUCGCUGGAGCUCACCAUGGGGAACCACCUGACAGAGAUGGCGCCCACCCCCUCCUUCUUGCCCCAUUUCCAGGCCCUGCACGUGGUGGUCAUCGGGCUGGACUCAGCUGGAAAGACCUCCCUCCUUUACCGACUCAAGUUCAAGGAGUUUGUCCAGAGCGUCCCCACCAAAGGCUUCAACAUGGAGAAGAUCCGGGUGGCCCUGGGAGGGUCGCGCGGCAUCACCUUCCAAGUGUGGGAUGUGGGCGGGCAGGAGAAGCUGCGGCCGCUGUGGCGCUCCUACACCCGCCGGACUGACGGGCUGGUGUUUGUGGUGGACGCUGCGGAGGCCGAGCGGCUGGAGGAGGCUAAGGUGGAGCUGCACCGGAUCAGCCGGGCCUCUGACAACCAGGGUGUGCCCGUGUUGGUGCUGGCCAACAAGCAGGACCAGCCCGGGGCGCUGAGCUCUGCUGAGGUGGAGAAGAGGCUGGCAGUCCGAGAGCUGGCUGCUGCCACGCUCACCCACGUGCAGGCCUGCAGCGCGGUGGACGGGGUGGGUCUGCAGCCCGGCCUUGAGCGCCUGUAUGAGAUGAUCCUCAAGAGGAAAAAAGCUGCCCGGGGCAGCAAGAAGAGACGGUGACUCCAGCCCCCCCCCCCCCCCCCUCACAGUAGGGUCUUUAUACUUGGACAGCCAGGCAGAGCCUGUGGCCCCUCACUCAGCCCCAGGGUGCAGGACCUGCCCACCUAAAUGAAGGACGGAGGCACCCGCACCGGGCGACCUGCUUUGGUGUGGUACUGGGGAGGGGGAUGUGAGAUGGGUUGUCUCCUCACACCUCCCCUAUCCUCACCUCUAGACACGGGGCUGCAGAACUGAGGCUUCAGUAUAAACUGCAAAUCUACCUCGACCUUGUUUCGUGUUUUUCUCUGGCUUUUUUAUUAGAUGUGUUUUAGGGCAAAGGAAAGUUACUUGGAGGAUGCAUUUGGUAUGGGGUACUGUCUCCCCAUCUCCCAACGGGGGAGUCCCCCCAGGCUGCUUUUCUAGGGAUGCCAGUGUCUGUGUGAAAGUGCCGAGAACCUCUCCCCACAUUUGUAGAUCCACUGCCAUUUUGUAAGCUAUGUGUGUGUCCUCUGUAUUAACUAUUUUUUAGCAUUUGUAAGUUAUUAAAGACUGAUGAUACUGUACCUCUAA